UCACAUGAUCGUUAAAGGCGGAAGUGCCUGGCGACGCAACAGAGCCAGUGUUCCUUUGCGCAGCAUUUCACGGCGUAUAUGUGCGAGAAGUCGAGCUGUCGCCGCGUUUCAGCACUUUACGAUUAGAUUUUGAGAAUGGCUUCAAGAUCGAUGGCAUUAUGGAGAUUGUUUGCAGUCUGCGUCAUCAUGUGGAACAGCGGGGUUUGUGAUCAAACUGGCCGGCAAAAGGGACCCAACAUCGUAUUGAUCCUCACCGAUGACUUGGAUAUCGCAAUGGGAGGUUUGAGUCCACUGGACAAAACUAAAAAGCUUAUUGGUGAUAUGGGAAUAUCAUUUUCAAAUGCAUAUGUGGCGAGCCCACUGUGCUGCCCCAGUCGAGCCAGCAUCCUGACUGGCAAGUACCCCCACAACCAUCACGUCAUCAACAACACAUUAGAGGGCAACUGCAGCAGCACGGCCUGGCAGAAGAGCGAGGAGGGACAAACCUUCCCUGCCUUGCUGAAGAGCAAUGCCAGCUACCAGACGUUCUUCGCAGGGAAAUACCUCAACCAGUAUGGAAAUCCAGAAGCAGGUGGAGUGGAGCACGUACCUCCGGGCUGGAACCUCUGGGUUGGACUGGAGAAAAACUCUAAAUACUACAACUACAGCCUGUCUGUGAACGGGAAACGGCAAAAACAUGGGGCGGAUUACAGCAAGGACUACCUGACCGACGUGCUGGCCAACAUGUCGAUCAGCUUCCUUCAAAAUAAGAUCAAGAACCAGCCGUUUUUCAUGAUGGUGUCCACCCCAGCCCCGCACUCACCCUGGACUGCAGCCCCUCAGUACCAGGACCGCUUUAACACCACCAAGGCGCCCAGAGAUCCAAACUUUAACAUCCACGGCAAGGAUAAACACUGGCUCAUCCGCCAGGCAAAGACACCAAUGAGCAACUCUUCAGUGCAGUUUCUGGACAACGCCUUCAAAAAAAGGUGGCAAACUCUGCUGUCUGUGGACGACCUGGUGGAGAAAAUAGUGAAGGGACUCGAGGUCAGCGGGGAACUGGACAACACAUACAUCUUCUUUACCUCAGAUAACGGCUACCACACAGGCCAGUUCUCACUUCCCUUGGACAAGAGGCAGCUCUACGAGUUUGACAUCAGAGUUCCUCUCAUGGUCCGAGGGCCCGGUAUCAAACCCAAUCAGACCAGCAAGAUGCUGGUGGCGAACGUCGACCUUGGCCCGACCAUCCUUGACAUCGCCGGUGUCAACAUCAGCCUGACCAAAAUGGAUGGGAUGUCUUUCCUGCCCAUCAUGGAGGGAAAGAUGAACAGCAGCUGGCGGACUGACAUCCUGGUGGAGUAUGAGGGAGAAGGACACAACACCUCGGACCCAGACUGCCCCCUGCUGGGACCAGGCGUGUCGGAGUGUUUUCCUGACUGUGUUUGUGAGGACUCCUAUAACAACACAUACGCCUGUGUUCGCACCAUCGCCCCCACUGUUAACCUCCAGUACUGUGAAUUUGAUGAUGAUGAGGUUUUUGUGGAGGUCUACAACAUGACUGCAGACCCAUACCAGCUGACCAAUAUUGCCAAGUCUAUCGACCAGGAAGUCCUGGAAAAGAUGAACCACAGAUUGAUGAUGCUGCAGUCUUGUUCCGGGCAGUCGUGCAGGACCCCUGGAGUUUACGAUACCAGGUAUAGAUUUGACCCGCGGCAGAUGUUCACCAUCAACAGCCGGAGGCUCGGCAGGAUCAGACAGAUGUUGAAGUAGAAAGUCUAUUUUGUAAUCAGCCUUUUUCUGCUGUUGUUGCCUUGUUUGGGGGGCCUUGUGAGUCAGUCUCUUCACAGACGGAUGGGGAAGGGAUAGACAUAGCUUUUGGAAUUGUUGCCAUGGAGACAGAGGCUUGGCGGCUGAGGAGCUGCUCGCACCUGUCACUGUCUGGGCUGCUGGUCGGUUUCACACUGAAGCCAAAUUUGCGUCGUUGUGGGUUCACUUGUGGAAGCUGUUUAUUCAAAUGCUUUUUGUUCUUUAAAAAUCCUAGAAAUAUCUGACAAAGCCAAAAUUCUCUCUGCACACUGAGAAAUCAAAACACUGCCUACUGGUGGACUUUGGUGCAUUGGGGUCUUCCCACUGGUUCACAGCACAGUUUGGCCACCAAAUGUUUGUUGUUAAUCCAGUUACGGACCAUUCAACAGUGGCUUGGUGUUGAUGUCUUAUUAAUGCCUGUCCAUGUAGUCAGUCCUAAGAUGGAGUCUACAAUAUCGCUAAACAAAAAUGACCAUUACUCAUGUGCCGUAUGAUAUUGCCAUGGUUAAUAAAACAUGCAAAAGUUUAAUGCUAUUUCAUAUCAGUACUGACACCGAUCACCUCCAUUUUGCAUAGGUGUGCAGCCAUUGUAAAUUCAUUAUUUCUUUUAAUGUUUCAGGUUAAUGAUAAAUGACAUUGUUGCCUUGUCAAUUUGUGAUGCUUUGCAAAAUUAUCAGCAAUUCUAUGACAAGAAUCUGUGCGAUGCAGUUGACGUUCAGAUGAAAAUGUAAUGUAAUAUCGAUAAGAAUAAUUAUUCAUGGGAAACUAUUAAAAGAAUAAAAUAAACUGGGACUGUAAAACGGUGGCUCAUGAGGGAAAACAUAUACAAAUUAUUAACCAUUAUAGAAAUGGAAUCAAUAGAAAUGAGGAGAAAAAGUUGCCAAUACAUCCAAAUAAAUUGGUGAAUUUGUACGUCCCAUUUAGGUUGUUCUUCAAGGUGCCUUAACUAAGUCACUCACAGUCUGUUGAUGUUGUACCAGCUUUGGCAAGUAGACAGGGUCCUUUUGAAUCCAUCAAAUGUGAGGAUAAUCUGAAUUCAAAAUUGUCAUCUCAAUGCACCAAAAUCUUCAUAUUCAACUAAACCAAAGUAAAUAUAUUUCUUACACAUCUGCCUCUGUCCCUUAAAUAUUUUUAUAUAAGCAUACAAAACUAGCAAGGAGUUUGCAGUAAUAAUUUGAUGAACGACAUGGUACGCACAAUAAAGGGGAAGUUGAAUUGUGACUUUACAGAUGAUGUAGUUUGUUUGAAAGUAUGGAGUGAGUUUUUGUGGUUUCAAAUUCAAACCUUUUAUCAGACAAUGUUCCUUACUUGUUAAUGUCACAUCAAUUCAAGUCACAUAUCUGAAAUCAUAAAGUUCACAGUUUAUAGCGUGUUGCUGUUUGAUGGCCGACAGAUAAAUACGUCUAUUUUUAAAACGUCUAUUUUUCCUCACUUUCUGUGUGUUGUAGCUGCAAAGGGUUAGCGAACACAAGAUGUCCAUUUAUUAAGUUUAGCAGAGCCCAGAGAUCAACUGUGAAUUAUUCUCUGACUGACAGGAAGUGAAAAGUAGCCUCUUGGUGUUUCCUCAUCUUCCUCUGCAAAAUGUGAUUUUCGGAAUAACGCAAACUGCUUUUCCUCCGUGCUGUCAGUCCUGGACCUUUAACUCAUUCUGUUUCAUGUGAGACUUAUGUUUUGUUUUGUUUUGUUUUAAAGCACCUCUGGAAUUAAUUUUACUGAUGCACUUUCUAAUUGUGAUGAAGACGAUGAUGAUUAAAAUGUUGUUUUUGUGCUUCUUUAUUCGUCCAAAUAAAUUCUCUAGAUGUGA